AUGGCUCGCUAUUACUGUGAAUAUUGUCACUCAUACCUUACUCAUGAUACACUAAGUGUGAGAAAGAGUCAUCUGGUCGGUAAGAACCAUCUGCGUAUUGUAGCAGAUUAUUACAGAAACAAAGCCCAUCAAGAACACCCCACACGCAGGAGGCAACACGGUAAACAUUCAACAAAUGAACCUAUAAAGAUCCAUCUACCUGUCAACCGCGAGAAGCGAAGAACCAACAGCCUCGCGCGUUGUCAUCGUAAGGAACUGUUACAAGAAGAAUCAUUACUCAAGCGAGUGUACGAAGGAUCGCCCGGAUACUCAAAAGUGUUUGUAGACUCAAACAGAUUAGACAUCGGAGACCUGGUACGAUCAUCGAGACUACCACAACGUGCAAACGUAGACACACACCAGACACGAUCACGUAACGAAACGUUUACCAGUCCCACCCAACAACCAUUGGAACCACCGCGCCUGCUGGCGCGGUGGCAAACCACUGCUCCGAAGGCUACGUACCAUGAGGAAAGAUUACUACAAGGAACGCUUAACGAGGCUAAACAAAGACUUUCACGUAAAAGGAAAAAUUAA